GCUGAGCCGGCCUUGGAAAAGGAGGAGAAAGGGGUGGGGGGGGGCAGUGGGAGCCAGCGUCCAGUGUGCCAGGGACCGAACUGAACCAGCCGGACCCCCGGCGGGGGCAUCCGGGAGAGACCCCCAAGACUAGUCCACCGCUGUUGUCGGAUUCUCAAGGGAAUGCUGACUGCUCUCUGGGCAGGCAUCAGUGCUUGUGAGCCAACCCAGGAAGAUUGGUGGACCCAGUCCCAGCCUAUCCCAGGCCAGUCGGAAGCUGCAGGCUGAUCUCCAUCCAGAUUUCCACAUAGCCUCUACCCCCUCCGAGACUGGCUUUCCUGCUUGUGGUGGCAGUUUGUGGAGCACCUUGAGGGAAUAUAUCAGCACCUGACAACGAUCCCACUGUGUAGGACCCCAGAUGUGCUCCCCCAGGACCGGGAGCCCUCCAAGGGGCUAAAGCAUGGCUCACUGACACUCAGUUGAAUCAGUCUCCCUGCCUCUCCCUGGACUGAGCCCAGAGCCUGGCCUAGUGGCCAGGAUGGGUCGUGAACAGGACCUGAUCCUUGCCGUUAAGAAUGGAGAUGUGACCUGUGUGCAAAAACUGGUGGCCAAGGUCAAGGCUGCAAAAACAAAGCUCCUUGGAUCCACGAAGAGGCUUAAUGUCAACUAUCAAGAUGCUGAUGGAUUCUCCGCUCUCCACCAUGCUGCCUUGGGGGGUAGCCUAGAGCUCAUAGCCUUGCUGCUGGAGGCUCAAGCCACUGUUGACAUCAAAGACAGCAAUGGCAUGCGUCCCCUGCACUAUGCAGCCUGGCAGGGCCGCCUGGAGCCUGUGAGGCUGCUGCUGCGGGCCUCUGCUGCCGUCAAUGCUGCCUCGCUGGACGGGCAAAUCCCUCUUCACCUGGCUGCGCAGUAUGGGCACUAUGAGGUGUCAGAAAUGCUCCUCCAGCACCAGUCUAACCCAUGCCUGGUCAACAAAGCCAAGAAAACACCCCUGGACCUGGCCUGUGAAUUCGGGCGGCUUAAGGUGGCCCAGCUGCUACUGAAUAGCCAUUUAUGCGUGGCUCUGCUGGAGGGAGAAGCAAAAGACCCAUGUGACCCCAACUACACUACACCCCUGCACUUAGCUGCCAAGAAUGGUCACAGAGAAGUCAUCAGGCAGCUCCUGAGAGCUGGGAUUGAAAUCAACCGCCAGACCAAAACCGGCACGGCACUCCACGAGGCUGCACUGUACGGCAAGACCGAGGUGGUGCGGCUGCUCCUAGAGGGAGGUGUGGAUGUGAACAUCCGGAAUACGUACAACCAGACAGCGCUGGACAUCGUGAACCAGUUCACCACCUCCCAGGCCAGCCGCGAAAUCAAGCAGCUACUGCGGGAGGCGUCAGGGAUCCUGAAGGUCCGAGCACUCAAGGAUUUUUGGAACCUCCAUGAUCCCACGGCUCUCAAUGUUCGAGCAGGAGAUGUCAUCACGGUGCUUGAGCAACAUCCAGAUGGCCGCUGGAAAGGCCACAUCCAUGAGAGUCAAAGGGGCACAGACCGUGUGGGCUACUUUCCCCCUGGCAUCGUCGAGGUGGUCAGCAAGCGGGUGGGCAUCCCCGUGUCCCGUCUCCCCUCUGCUUCCACCCCACUGCGGCCAGGCUUCUCCCGGACACCACAGCCUCCCAUUGAUGACCCCUUGCACUCUCUUACCUAUGGCCAGCUCCCUCGGAUGGGCCUCAGCCCUGACAGCCCAGCAGGUGACAGGAAUAGUGUGGGCAGUGAGGACAGUGUGGGCAGCAUCCGCAGUGCUGGCAGCGGGCAGAGUUCCGAGGGCACCAAUGGCCAUGGCACUGGCCUCCUUAUUGAAAACGCUCAGCCACUGCCCUCGGCCAGUGAAGACCAGGUGCGAGUGGGACUGCAAAGCCCAUCCCUGGCAGGUAGGAAGGACAACCUGAGCCACCGCCCUUUGGCCAGCUACCGCUCUGGGGAGGUCUUCACCCAGGAUGUGAGGCCAGAGCAGCUGCUGGAAGGAAAGGAUGCUCAGGCCAUUCAUAACUGGCUAAGUGAAUUCCAGCUGGAGGGCUACACUGCCCACUUCCUGCAGGCUGGCUACGACGUGCCAACCAUCAGUCGCAUGACACCUGAGGAUCUGACAGCCAUCGGAGUGACCAAGCCUGGUCAUAGGAAGAAGAUUGCCUCGGAGAUUGCCCAGCUUAGCAUCGCCGAGUGGCUUCCCAACUAUAUCCCGAUGGACUUGCUGGAGUGGCUGUGUGCGCUGGGCCUGCCACAGUACCACAAACAGCUGGUGAGCAGUGGCUAUGACUCGAUGGGGCUGGUGGCCGAUCUCACCUGGGAGGAGCUGCAGGAGAUUGGUGUCAACAAACUAGGGCAUCAGAAGAAGCUCAUGCUGGGCGUGAAGCGACUAGCAGAGCUUCGCCGGGGCCUGCUGCAGGGCGAAGCCCUAGGUGAAGGUGGGCGCCGGCCGGCCAGGGGUCCAGAGCUGAUGGCCAUUGAAGGGCUAGAGAAUGGGGACGCUCCAACUGUGGCUGGCCCACGCCUCCUCACCUUUCAGGGCAGCGAGCUGAGCCCAGAGCUACAGGCAGCAAUGGCAGGGGGCGGCCCUGAACCACUGCCCCUUCCUCCUGCCCGUUCUCCCAGCCAGGAGAGCAUCGGCGCACGCUCACGGGGCUCUGGGCACUCACAGGAACAGCCUGUCCCCCAGCCCAGCGUUGGAGAAUCUAGCGCCCCACAGGAAAGGAACCUCCCAGAGGGUACAGAGAGGCCCCCUAAGCUUUGCUCCCCACUUCCUGGCCAAGGAUCUGCCCCUUAUGUUUUUAUGUACCCCCCGGGCUCACCCUCUAGCCCAGCCUCAGGACCACCUCCUGGUGCACCCCUGGCCUUCUCUUACUUGGCUGGUUCCCCAGCCCCUCCUCCAGACCCACCCAGGCCCAAGCGCCGGUCCCACAGCCUGAGCCGCCCUGGCCCUGCCGAGGGUGAGUCUGUGGGAGAGGCCGAAGGGUCAGUGGGCAGUGCCUUGGGCAGUUAUGCCACCCUUACCCGGCGACCGGGACGCAGCACCCUUACUCGGACCAGUCCUAGCCUGACCCCAACUCGAGGGACCCCUCGCAGCCAGUCCUUUGCCCUCCGGGCCCGUCGUAAAGGGCCCCCGCCUCCACCCCCCAAGCGCCUCAGUUCAGUCUCUGGUCCCACGGAGCCGUCUUCAUUGGAUGGGAGCACAGGGUCCAAGGAAGGGGUCACAGGGCCCCGGAGGAGAACACUGAGUGAACCAACUGGCCCCUCAGAGCCCCCCGGCCCUCCCACCCCUGCUGGCCCUGUGUCAGACACAGAAGAGGAGGAGCCUGGCCCUGAGGGGACACCCCCAUCACGGGGCAGCUCAGGGGAAGGGCUGCCAUUCGCAGAGGAAGGUAACUUGACUAUCAAGCAGCGGCCAAAACCAGCUGGCCCCCCAUCCCGAGAGACACCUGUGCCCCCUGGCCUUGACUUCAACCUCACAGAAUCGGACACUGUCAAGCGGAGGCCUAAAUGCAGAGAGAGAGAGCCGCUCCAGACUGCACUGUUGGCAUUCGGGGUGGUGGGUGACACUCCCAGCCCCUCUGGCCCCCUGGCCUCCCAGACCCCCUGUGAGUCCCCCUCAGCUUCCUCCAGCCCCCCUCAGCCUGAGCCCAGCAGCCUUCCAACUCAAGAAGCCCCAGCCCCUCCUCUGAGCCCCGUAGCACAGCCCCCCGAGCUUCCAGGGCCCUGCGCUGGGCUGGCUGUGGAAAACUCAACAGGCAGCCGGCUGAGCGUGGAGACUGAGCCAGCAGCGGCCCCUGCCACCCUCCUCAAGGUGCCUGGAGCAGGAACAGCACCAAAGCCUGUGUCUGUGGCCUGUACCCAGCUGGCAUUUUCUGGCCCAAAGCUGGCUCCCCGGCUUGGCCCCCGCCCAGUGCCCCCUCCAAGGCCUGAGAGCACUGGAUCUGCGGGCCCAGGCCGGGCCCAACAGAGACUGGAGCAAACCAGCUCAUCCCUGGCGGCUGCACUGAGGGCCGCUGAGAAGAGCAUUGGUGCUGAGCAGCGAGAAGGCCCCCCAGGGACCUCCACCAAACACAUUCUGGAUGACAUCAGCACCAUGUUUGAUGCCCUGGCUGACCAGUUGGAUGCCAUGCUAGACUGAGCAAGACUAGCCUGUGACUCCGUGUCCACAGUGGCCUGCCAGCCUUCACUACCUGUAACCCAUCAUGGAAGAGGCCUCUACCAGCCAAGGAAGAGGCAGCUGGCCGAUUGGGCUGAAGUAUCCCGCGCCAGAAGUAGCUGAGGGGACUUGUCCAAACCUGACUAGCUGAGGGCCUCUGUUGUGUGAUGACCAAGCCCCUCCCAUGGAGACUGCAGCUGCACAGCCGUGCCACUGGCCAGGGACCCCGGUGAGGACUUCUCUCCUCUAGGAGGAGGCAACGACAGGGCUUCUGGGGUACUCCUACACCUUCCUGCCCGGUGUCUCAAGUCCCUGUGCCAAGGGAAUGCCUCUGGCUCCUUGCCAAGCUGCCCUGGUGCUCUGAGAGGCCGAGGAGGCAGUGCAGUUGGCUGGUCCCCUCCCCACAGGUGUACAUAGGAUAUGUAAAUACACAGCAGAGGCCUGUCCUCCAGGGAGUGGCCAUGCUCGUCAGUUCCUGUCCCUGCUCCUGCUAGCCCAUACUGGGAGGCAGUGAGAUUAACAGAUCUCCAAUGUCCAAACUUUUUCAACUGUAAAUAUUAUUUUUCAAGCAGACAGAAAUGCUUAUAUUUUAAAAGGAAUUUAUUCUAUCUAUUAACUGCUUAAGAGGAUGCAGUGGAGGAAGGCCUUUACACAACAACAGAAGCACCCACUGCCUACCUCUAGCUAGAGGCCUCAUCCAGUUGGCCCAGGCCCAGGCUCUGUAACCAUUAACCUCUUCCCCCGACUAACACUAAUGAAAGUGCCAUACCACGUGA